AUAUCAAUUGCAUUCAAGUUCAACAGUUCACCAUUACUCAUUUUAAAAUUGUAGAAUCAGCUUAUAUCUUGUUAAUUGAAAUAAACAGAGAUCAACGAGUACAGUACCCGGAUCCGCGGUUCUCCAGUUACCCGGGUCCUGAUUUUAAGAAUUUUAUAAUUUUAUUUUAUGAAUGAUGAAAAAAAAUUAUUUUCAAAAGUGAUAUUUUUAUUUUUUCUGAUUGAUAAGAUUAGUGAUAAUAAACAUAACUUUUGUUUUGUAACGUAGCGAGAAUUUAUUUUUUCGUACCCUGGCCACACUGAUUUUUAUCACACAUAACAAAAGUCGUAAUUUGAUUGGUUGAAUUUGUUUACAAAUAAAACUUGACAGUUGACAAAACAAAAACAAUGGUGACGGAUCAAAUUUUUACAUUAUUUGUGGUGUUUUAAUCUUCAAAUUCGAUCAGAAUUUUGAACUUAUGUGCUUUUUUUGGAAUUUAAUUUACUUGAAAAAUGUGUUAACUACGAAGAUCGUUUAAUUUCAGUUCGUUAAAUGAACUCCGUUGAUGCGAUUCUAGCUAACUCCGGUGUACUCAGUCGUCGGUAUUGAACGUGGUUUUCUUGUUGUAAAUUGCCGCCUUACAUAUAUUAUUUAUUAUUGUUUGAAAUUUCCACCUUUGUACCCACUUUUUGUCGUAAGAAGAGAAUAUCUUGGAUAAAUGAACGACGAACCGAAGUUGGAGCUCGAAGAUCUUACGAUAUCACCUCGUCUAGUGCGUAAUUACGUUUACUUAUCGCUAUCAUUGUAGCAACUAAAGAGCUAUCGAUAGAGUAUUGUAUUGAAUCUUUGGCGCACGCUUGUCAGUGUCGAGACUCGAGGUGUCAAUUAGCGUCGAGGUGUUCGUCUAUGAAACGCCUUAUUCUACAUACAAAAAGUUGUCAGCUGAAAGUGAAAGGAAAUUGCUCAAAUUGCAAGCAGCUUAUAGCCGUGUGCUAUUUGCACUCUAAAGGUUGUGAAGCCCCAAGUUGUGCUGUGUCUAUAUGUUCGCCAAUCAAACAAAAAAUUAAGCACGACCAAGAACUGCAGCAACGUGCUCAACAAGCUAACCAGCCACAAAGUAGUUCGGCUGGGAUGAAUUGGCAUAUAUUAAGCGAUAGCGGAUCAGGUGUGUCGUUCAAUUCAGAAGCUUCGUCUGCGGGCAGUUCUGGACAAAAUUCGUCGUCGCCUCAAGCGCCGCUGAAUUACAAUAUGCAACCAACACCUAGACCAUAUUUAGGUCCGACUCACGUACCGCAUCAUCGACAAGCACUGCAACAACUAUUGCAAACAUUACGUUUACCGAGCUCUCCACAGCAGCAAGAUCAAAUUCUACAGAUAUUGAAGACGAAUCCGCAACUGAUGGCGGCGUUCAUCAAACAGAGGCAGCAGCAACAACAACAACAACAACAGCUGCUACAGCAGCAGCAGCAACAACAACAACAACAACAGAUGCCACAGCAGCAUCAUCAAGGAGUAACAUACGAAUACGUCAAAGACGGGAUGUGGCAACAGCAACAUCGACUACUGCAAUAUCAUCAGCAACAACAACAACAACUGCAACACCAACAAUCAAACAAUCCCCAAAGUCCUCCAGCAUCGCUACCCCCGCAACAACCAACACUCAACGUUGCAUCUACCAGCGCUGGUGUAACAACUCAGAAACCGGAAGCACCUCAGCAAGCGUCUCUCGACUUGGAUAUGCGAGUACUGCUAACACUGAGCAAACGAACGAACAUGGAGCCAAAUCAUCGUCGAGCUCUGAAUCAAUUAAUGGAAGUGCUACGUUUACCGAGCUCUCCGCAGCAGCUAGAUAAAAUCGUAGAAAUCCUCGAAUCGAAUCCUCAGCUAAUGGAGGAGUUUAACAAACAGAAACAGUUCCUGCAACAACAGUCGUUGUCGCCAGAGCAACUGCCUCAACAGCAACAAAUAGUCGAUCUGUCCAGCCAGCAGCAACAAGAACAGCAGCUGGAACUGGACGAUAUUCUGACCGAUGAAUGGUUCGAUCGUGUUGAGAAUUUCAUCGAAACGAAUCGUUGCUAUCUCUAAACUACGUCGUGCCUACUUUAUUAUAUUAUUUUAUCCAUCGUUUACUUUUUUUAAAGUUAAAUUAGGUAUUAUAUGGAAUUACUUUUUAUUCAUUAUGAGAUCGUUCGUUUCAUAUAUUCGUACGUCCCAGUUUUAGAGAAUAAUUACGUAGGCAAGUGUACUAAUAUUACGUUCAUUUUUUAUUGGUUUUUAAUACUUUUUCAUCGAGAAUAUUUUGUAUGUAUUAAUGGUACGGUAACGGUACAGGUGUUGUAUGUGUGCUUCCAUUUUCGUUUUUGAAUUUGAGAUUCUGUUUUUCCUUCUACCCUUCGAUCAGUCUUUUGUAGAUUUUGUAUUUUACCAAUCAAUUUUGUUCUAGAAUAUGCGUUCAAAAUUAUAUUUGACACGAAUAUCAUGUCGAAUGACGUAGAAUACGUUUGUGUUCAAUAUUAGUCUUAUUUUUAUAUCUACAAUCUACAUAGUGCUAUUUUUGACUGAAUAUUAAUCAUUAUUAAACGAUAUGUGAUACGAAA